CUUCAAUUCGUAUAGAAGAAUUGAAGUUGGGUAUAGUAUAAAUUUACUUGCUUCUGAUAUCCACUUUCAAAAUAGCCAAAACACAAACACCAGUUCCAAGGGACAAAACAAUUUAAGGAAUUGAAGAAAGAGGGAUCUAUAUUUCAGUCCAGCUGGUCAGACCAUGGCAGCCAUUUCAGUCUUCAAACCAACCAUUGAUGAAGUGAAAUGGGUCAAUGAAAGUUGGAUGACCAUCCAGACAGAGCACAUAAUAGAAAUCAAUUUCAGGGCUAAUAUCUUUCAAGUCCCUCAACUCUUAAAAGAAACCAAACCAGAAGCCUACACACCACACCUACUUGGCUUGGGACCGUACCACCAUCUCCGCCCUGACCUCCAUCACACCGGCCACCAGACAAAGCUUACCUUACACAAGAAAUUCAUGAAAAAAUCCCAAACCCCUUCCAAUAAUGUUCAAUACUUCCCCCAAGACUACCUCAAAAGGGUGCUGGAUAUCGAACCGGCGGUUCGAGCCUGCUACGACCAGUACUUGGAACUUUCAAGCGAGACCUUGGUGUUCAUCAUCAUCCUAGAUUCUUUCUUCUUGCUUGAUUAUCUGGGUUCCUACAAUGACAACACUGACGUUGCGAAUCUCCAACCCGGCCACAAAGAAGUUGCAAAGGAUAUUUUAAUGUUGGAGAACCAAAUUCCCUCACAAGCCCUUGUGGUGAUUGGCAAGGAGUUAGGGUUGUUCUCAACCGAAAAAGGCACAUUCACAGAAAUGUUGUAUUCCCAAGUCUUAUACUACUUCUGCAAAGCCCACUCUCCACUCCGGGUGUCGGAGAAGGGGUGGGCGCGCCGAUACAAGAGCAAUCACCUCUUGGCUCAUAUGCAUUGUCUCAUAGUCAAUAAAGCUCCUCCAAGUCCUAUCGGACCGCGCGCACAACCCAGCUUCCUAGAGCUGGGAACGGAGAUUCUAACUCUAUUAAACGAGCUAGGACUUGGAGGAGCCAUUGUUAAGCCACUUCUGUUUGGUUUUAAGGCCGCACAAGUCUUGGAGAGCAGCCUGUUGGCCCAGGCGGUUGUUGGGGGUAGUAAAGAACUGAAAGCGGCGUCGGGCAGUGGCGAAAGUGACACACCGCACGGAGUUGUUGUAGUUAGUCAUAUCAUUCCAUCUGCAUCGGAGCUGUCCGAGAAGCAUGGGGUGGAAUUCAGGGUGUUGGAGCUCAAUGAAGGGGUCAAACGUAUCAGAUUCGAGUCAUUCGAGCAAGAUCAUGCAAAACCAACGAUUUUCCUCCCGGAAAUCACGUUCAAAUACGAUUCUGAACUUGUGUUGAGAAACUUGGUGGCAUAUGAAGCUGCAGUUUCUACCCAAGAUAGUUUCUUGGAGCUGGGUGAGUACGUUGACCUGAUGAUUGACUUAUUGCAGACAGAGAAAGACGUUGGCAUGCUACGAGAGAAGGGAAUCAUAAAGGGAGAUGCGCUGGGUGAUGGAGAAGUCGUCGAAAUCUUCAAUGAGAUGGGUAAAUAUCGAGCUGUGGGUAAGUCGAGGAUGGUGUCAGCAAGCAAGAAGGUGGUGGUAGACGUGAAGGAGAUGGUGGAGAAAUGGGAGAAGAUGAACGAGAAGGCAUGGAAAAGGGUUCAAAGAUAUGUGGAGAAGGAGGUUAAGGAUCUGGUCAAGGUUAUGAGGAAACCUUGUACGGUCGGUCUUAAGUAUUUGCUGUAUAUAUUUUUGGCGGUGCUGGUAGUGUUGCAGAUUAUGCAAGCCUAUUGUCAAGUUUAUGGAUGCCGCAAAGUUGGUUCUCAAUCCGGCUAGCUACCAAACCCUAGCUACUUGGUAUCACAAGACCGGAGUUUGAACGUGGACUUUUAAUUAAAACUCCUGCUUUAUUUUCCUGUAUUUGAUUAUAUUCACACUUUUGAUGAAUUUCUCUAUUGUUUAUAUAAAGUUCUAAGUUGAUAAAAAAAAUCUACGGAUGUUUUCUUUUGGACUGAAAUUUGUUGGUCUAGUCUGAUCUGGUAAAUGUCUAAUAAAUGUUGUGUAUUUUAUAACUGUGAAAGUCAUGUCUGAUCUAAUCUCG